CCAAUGCUCCAUAUAAGCUAGAUCACCACACCGGCCCCCAGCAGACUCACGUCGCACACAACACUCCCUACUCAGUACUCACAUCACACGACCUCAGCACCUCACCUCCCUGCAGUUUCAUCUACUCCUAGUUUUGUCUCGCGUUCUGCCGCGACUAGAGGACGAACGACAUGGUAGGCGCCAUGCCGGCCGCCGAGGCUCUGCCCCGCGAGGUGACCGCCGGCAACGGCUACGGCGCCAAGCACCUGCACCUGCAGCUGCCGACGCCGCCGAAGCAGCAGCAGCAGCCUGCUGAGGCGGAGUGCAGGUGGUACGAGGAGGAGAUCGACGACGACCUCAAGCUCUGCUACGCUCUCAACAGCGUGCUGCACCGGGGGGCCAGCAAGUACCAGGAGAUCGCGCUCCUUGACACCAAGCAUUUUGGCAAGGCUUUGAUAAUCGACGGGAAGAUGCAGAGCACGGAGAUGGACGAGUUCAUCUACCACGAGUCCUUGAUACACCCGCCGUUACUGUUCCACCCAAACCCGAAGACCGUGUUCAUCAUGGGAGGUGGCGAGGGCUCCGCAGCGAGGGAGGUGCUGAGGCACAAGACCGUUCAAAGGGUGGUCAUGUGCGACAUAGACCAGGAGGUAGUGGACUUCUGCCGUACGUACCUGACGGUGAACCGCGAGGCAUUCAGCAGCGACAAGCUCUGCCUCAUCAUCAAUGACGCCAGGGUUGAGCUGGAGAAGAGCAGGGAGAAGUUUGACGUGAUAGUAGGAGACCUGUCAGAUCCAGUGGAAGGAGGACCCUGCUAUCAGCUCUACACCAAAUCAUUCUACGAGCACAUCGUCAAGUCCAAGCUUAAUGACCAUGGCAUCUUCGUCACUCAGGCUGGACCAGCUGGUGUUCUCACUCACAAAGAGGUCUUCUCAUCAAUCUACAACACCCUUAGACAUGUCUUCAAAUAUGUUAAAGCUUACACUGCUCAUGUUCCGUCAUUUGCGGACACCUGGGGCUGGGUCAUGGCCUCGGAUCAUCCAUUCGACCUGAACGCCCAGCAGAUUAACGAAAGAAUCAAACAUAGGAUUGUGGGAGAGCUCCUCUACCUGAGUGGGGAGUCCCUCAUUUCCUCUACCACGCUCAACAAAAGCGUUCAUCAGUCGCUGUUGAAUGAGACUCAUGUGUACACCGAAGACGAUGCCAGGUUCAUUUACGGGCAUGGAAGAGCAUGCUGCGCUUGAAGCCUCACACCUGUGUUCUUCCGGUAUCAGCGCCUCCGUGCACGCAAAAAAUGCUGCCAUCUAGUUGUAAAUAAGCUAUUCUGGAUGCAAAAUAAUAGCAAGGAGAUUACUGCUAUGUACAACUUGCCAAGAAAUUUCGUAUGCCACCAGAAGCCAGAAAUUCAGAACUAUGAAAGUAGUGCAACCAACAAGUGAAAUCUUAGUGAAAUUGACUAUAGUUUCCAUUUGGCAAAA